AUGAAAUCCGCAGAAGAAGACGCAUACAACUAUACUCCAAAUGUCAGCCUGUCCCUUCCUCUCGGCAACCCCUGCAUGACCUCUCAGUACCACAACCUCCAGUCUAGCCCAGCAAUAUCAGUCUCUGUCAGUCAACCACCCUCUUUUUCUCCUCACGGUGAUAUGAGCAAUGCAGGAUAUUGCCAGUCUUCUAGCACGCGAGCCAAUGGUGCUCCAACUCUGGAGAGUCCACGCAUCGAGAUCACAGCCUAUGGCCAGUUCUCUGAGGAAGAGGUGGAGGAGAGCAGCAUGCCUGUGACCAAACGGGUCAACUCCAUUGUCACACUGAGCUUGCCCAGUGCUGAUGGCUACCGUGACCCUAGCUGCCUUAGUCCAGCUAGUAGUGUGUCUUCUCGAAGCUGCCACUCUGAAGCUUCAUCCUAUGAGUCAGGUUGCUCCUAUAAUUAUGACAAUUCUCCACAAAAUUCACCUUGGCAGUCACCAUGUGUAUCUCCUAAAGGAUCCUCUUCACUGCACUCUUGCAACCUUGGUGCCUCCCCACGGCGUUCGCCAUCUGGUUCCCCACGCACCAGUGUCACAGAUGAAAGCUGGAUGAGCUCACGUGGUUCAAGACCCAGCUCCCCUUGUGGUGGGAAGCGGAAAUACAGCUUCAAUGGCAGUUCUUCUCACAAAUAUCAUCCAUACUCUCCAAACCAGUCACCUGCACCUUCUCCACACACUUCUCCCCGUCUUAGUGUGACUGAUGACAACUGGCUGCCCAACACUAACCAGUACACCAACUCAGCGAUUGUAGCAGCCAUUAACGCGCUAACCACAGACGUUGUGACGGAUCUUGGAGAGGGAGUCCCACUGAAGGCUCGUAAGACUAGUGCAGAACACACAGCCUCAAUGAGCCUUAAGGUCGAGCCAGGAGGAGAGGAAACCGGCACUGCAGAUCUUUUUCAAGAGGACUAUUCGCUCUCCCGUUUGCCUUUCAAAAAAGAGAGCUACUGCAGUGGAUUUCUAGAUGUGCCCCAACACCCAUACUCUUGGUCAAAGCCAAAGCCUUACAUAAGCCCAACUCUGCCAGCUCUUGACUGGCAGCUGCCCUCUAGCUCAGGACCGUACAGUUUGCAGAUUGAGGUGCAGCCCAAAUCUCACCACCGCGCCCAUUAUGAGACAGAGGGAAGUCGAGGGGCUGUAAAGGCAUUAGCAGGAGGGCAUCCUGUUGUGCAGCUUCAUGGCUACAUGGAGAGUGAGCCCCUUACUCUGCAGCUGUUCAUUGGGACUGCAGAUGACCGACUGCUUCGACCACACGCCUUCUACCAAGUCCACCGCAUCACAGGCAAAACUGUGUCCACACCCAGUCACGAGGUCAUGCAGUCCAACACCAAGGUGCUGGAGAUUCCUUUGCUGCCUGAGAGCAACAUGAGGGCCAUCAUUGACUGCGCAGGGAUUUUGAAACUGCGUAACUCAGACAUAGAGUUACGGAAGGGCGAGACAGACAUUGGGAGGAAGAACACACGUGUGAGGAUGGUGUUCCGAGUUCACAUCAAUCAACCUAAUGGCAGGACUGUGUCCCUUCAGGUUGCAUCCAAUCCUAUUGAGUGCUCCCAGAGGUCCGCACAGGAGCUGCCCCUGGUGGAUAAGCAGAGUUUGGAAAGCUGCCCAGUCACAGGGGGAGAGAGGAUGCUUCUCAAUGGACACAACUUCCAGCCUGACUCCAAGGUGGUGUUUUUGGAGAAAGCCCAAGAUGGCCAUCACUUAUGGGAAAUGGAGGCCAAAGUUGACAAGGACUCCUCAAAGUCUACCAUCCUGCUUGUGGAAAUUCCACCUUACCGGAACCAACGGUUAUCCAGUCCUGUACAGGUGAACUUUUAUGUCUGCAAUGGCAAGCGGAAGAGGAGCCAAUACCAGCGUUUCACUUACCUACCGUCAAAUGUUCCAACAAUAAAAACAGAGCCACAUGAUGACUAUGAACUCCCGGAGGUGUGUGUACAGCAUGCCUCCGGCCUCGCCUUACAUUCAAAGCCUUACUACACCCAGCAAGUGCUGACCUCCAUGAUGCCUUCAGACCACAGAUCCUGUGUUACAGCCUCCUAUUCAACUAGUCCACCACAGAGACCUGGAGGAAAGCCUCCCUGUUCUGCUUCACCUAGUAGCAGUCCUAAACUGCAGGACCUGUCACCCACACAGUUCUCCAAGUGCCUGUCAACAGGACCUCAAUCUGUGCCCAUCCCACAUGUGUCCACCAUCCAACCCACACCCGGACGCUACCAACAAUCUAUACUAUACCCAACAAGCAGUGCAUCAUCUUCUCCAGUAUCACUCCCUCCUACCCCAAGCACAGCACCGGAGCUCCCCUUCACUCCCAGCCAUAGUCUGUCCCCAUCUCUGGCAACCACUGAUGCUACCACAAUACCAGUAAGCUCCCAACUGCCUAAGGGUCCAGUGAGAAGUGGCUCCUCACCCCUUCUGCAGGAUGAAGGAACCUCUUUGCUGACUGUCAACAUCAAACAGGAGCCACAAGAACUGGACCAGAUGUACUUGGAUGAUGUCAAUGAAAUUAUAAGGAACGACCUCUCAAGCAUCUCUGUUCACAGUCAUGCAUAG